UUUUCGGGUGUUGGCCCCAUUAUCACUAUAUCUAUUAUUAAUGCCCUGAAUAUCACGAUCCAAAAAAAGGGCCCACGCUAGAUUAUCUGGCGUUAAUAACUGGUAUUUGAGGCCAUUUUUUUUCAAAUUUGUUAUUCUGGGCAUUACUUCUCCAUUUUGUCGGAUCUGAGACCAUUUUUCCUUUUUUUUCCUUCUUUACUUUUUUUUUUUUUCUAAAUCUUUUUUCCCUCUAUGUAGGUACGAAUCAAAAUUUAUCCAGAAAAUAGUUAAUGUCAUCAAGGAUAAAGUGACUUGUAAAUUUGUAGGCAUCACCCCGCAUCCUGUUGGGAUUAAUGCUUCAGUACAUGUGGUUAAUAAAUGGUUAAGAAAUCGCUCCACAGAGGUAGAAGUGUUUGCACUGUAUGGUAUCGGUGGAGUGGGGAAGACAACCAUUGCCAAGUACGUUUAUAAUAUGAACCUCCAUCUAUUUGAAGGAGGCAGCUUUCUAGAAAAUAUAAGAGAAUAUUCAGAACGAUUUGAUGGUUUAGUGAGUUUACAGAGACAACUACUUUCUGAUAUUUGCAGAGGGAAUGCACCAACCAUCAACACGCUAAAUGAUGGCGUUCUUCAGAUACCAAUAGCCAUUCGUCAGAGAAAACUCUUGAUAGUGUUGGAUGAUGUGGAUGAAGUUGAACAAUUAGAUGCAAUUUUUGGGAUGAUGCGUGAUAAGUUUCAUCAGGGAAGCAAAAUAAUCAUAACAACUCGAAAUGUGCAUUUACUGAAAGCUUAUGAACAUUGUAGGAGAUAUGCUGUGAAAAAAUUGAAUUUUAGUGAUUCAUUGGAGCUGUUCAGUUGGCAUGCAUUCCGGGAGAGUCACCCCCCGGAACACUACAAGGAGCAGUCUGAGAGGAUUGUAAAGCAAUGUCAAGGUCUGCCUUUAGCCCUUGAGGUUCUAGGUGCUUCUCUACAAGGCAAGAAGGUAGAAGUUUGGAGAAGUGCGACAGAAAAAUUAGAAAUUAUUCCUCACUGCAAAAUUCAGAAGAUAUUGAGAAUAAGCUAUGAUUCUUUGCAAGAUGAUCAUGAUAGAGAUUUAUUUCUUGAGAUUGGGUGUUUCUUUAAUGGAGAAGCCAAGUCUUAUGUGGUCGGAAUAUUGGAUGAGUGUAAAUAUUACACAGUAAUUGGAAUUGAAAAUCUUAUUGAUAGAUGCCUGUUGAAGAUUGAUAAAUAUAAAAAGCUCAGAAUGCAUCACUCAAUUCAAAGCAUGGGUAGAGAAAUCAUUCGUCAACAAUCACCUAAAGAUCCAGGGAAACGGAGUAGACUGUGGCAUUUUAGAGACUCCCUUGAAGUACUGAAAGAUGAGACAGGUACUAGAGCCAUUGAAGGCCUGGCACUAGACAUGAAUAUGACUAAUGCACAAACGACGGAGUUGAGAACUGAAGCUUUUGCCAUAAUGCACAAGCUGAGACUACUUAAGAUCAAUAAUGUAGAGCUUCGUGGAGGUUACAAGGACUUCCCAAAAAAUUUGAAAUGGUUAUGUUGGCAUGGAUGCCCAUCAAGAUCUUUACCAAAUGACUUCCCUUGUAGAAGCUUAGUGGCACUUGACAUGCAAAGUAGUAAUUUGAAAAAUCUGGGCCAGGGACACAUGCUUCUUGGAUCACUGAAGUUUUUAGAUCUUAGCCACUGCCAUAGCUUAGUGAAAACCCCGGACUUCAAAAACCUCUCUGCUCUUGAGCAAUUGAUCCUUGAAGAUUGUAUAAAUCUAAUAGAGAUUGAUGAAUCUAUUGGAUAUGCUGAAGGACUUGUGUUAUUAAAUUUGAAGGACUGCAGACUUUUGAAGAAGCUUCCAAAAAAUUUUGGCAGACUAAAGCUACUGGAGACACUGGUCAUCUCAGGUUGUUGCAAUCUUGGUAUGCUACCUGCAGGGAUGAGAGAGAUGAAAUUACUGAAAGUUUUUCAUGCUGAUGGACUUGAUUUUAGUAAUUCAAGCCAUAACGCUCAGAGAAAAGAAUCAUGGCGAGAAUUCAUCUGGGGUUUGGUUUCAAAACCAAUAGUAAGUCCCCAGCUCGCAUUGACUUCUUUACCGAGCAGCUCCAUUACUAGUUUGAGUUUGGUGAACUGCAAUCUACAUGAUAAUGCUUUUCCUAAAGAUUUCUGUGUGGUACCUUCCCUUGAGUAUUUAAACUUAAGUAGGAACCCCAUCCGCUUUCUACCAGAUUGCUUUAAAGGUCUCAAAGUGGUCAAGUGGCUUAAAUUAAAGGAAUGCAAUCGGCUUCAAGCACUCGAAGACUUGCCAAACAUAAAAAUGUUGUCUGCUUUAUAUUGCCCUUUACUGGAGAAAAUUACAUUUGAGUCAGGCAUGUCUUUGGAAGGGUUGGCCUUUCCAUGGGGAUGCGAUAAACUACUUGAGAUGGGAAAAGUAUUUAAAUUUGUACCAAUAGGAAAUAUUGAUCCAGAAUUCAUCAACGAUUGUGGUAUUUAUGAUGUCGAAUCCAGAAAAAGAAUCCGGAUAAGAUUACUCAACAAUUACACACACAAAGAAACAAGCUGCCUAAUCCAGGGAGUAUACGAAAAUCAUCGCAGCACAGAAGUAUUUAGGGGCAAAUCAUUCAGCAUUUUUUACCCUGGGAGCAGUGUUCCAGUAUGGUUCACAAGUCAGGCUCAUGCGCCUUCAAUAUCCUUUGUCGUAUCGCAUUCCAAACCGCGAUACUUAAACACCUGCAUUAUCUACAAGCUUGUCUCAGACAGGAGACAAUAUUUCUAUAUGGUGAUUAAUAACAGGACCAAGCAUAGAAUAACUAUUUAUCGUCCAAGUUGUUAUGGCAUUCCCAGGGGAGAUGACUACAUGACAUGGUUAAGCCACUGGGAAUUCAAUAGUCAUGACCUGGAUUCUGGAGACGAGGUCAGUAUUUCAGUUUUUACGCAUACUUUUUAUCCCAGUUUUGAGGUGAAAGAGGUCGGUGUCCAUCUCGUGUACGAAGAGGAAGAACAUGCUGACAUUCAUCCAGCCAAGCGACUGAAAAUCCAACCAGCCUGUGAUGAAAGUUCAGAGUACAUCAUCCCAGUGGCAGAGAAUCCGCAGGGACAUCGCGCAACGACACAAGUGUACUUCCUAGGCUGCAUUAAUGAAUAUACUGAUCUUUUAGCGAAGGCUGUACUAGAAAAUACAUUAGAGGUCGAGUCUGUGGAAAGCAUUCAAGGCUUGAUUGUGUAGGAAAUAGUGAGAGAUGUUCGGUUAUCAGCUCUCCUCAAACCCGAGCUUAAAAGGAGGGCUUAACUGGAUCAUAUACAUGUACUCUAAAGAAACAAAAUUUCAAGGUACUUCAAGUGACACAACGCCCGUCGGUAUUGCUACUGAUUGUACAAAAUUUCAAGUACCAAAUAACAGGGCUCAUGUCUAUUUCGUAGCUGUUUAUGACUCGUUAUCUAUUAGUCAUGCAGCUGUUUAUGGCUGUUGUGGGCAAACACACUUUUGUAAUUUUUUUUACUGCAUUGCUUUUUUGGGUUUUUUUUUGAAAUCUAAGCCGCGCAGGCCGAAUUUCAGAAUAUCUGAGAGGAUCCUGGCAGCAACUCUGCCUCUUACU